CGUCUGUAAAAUAAGCCAGCCCUGCUAUUAUCAGACCUGAAUUGCCUUUACCAUUCCAUAUUAGCAGUUGUGUGGGCUCCUUCUACCUGCUCUGAUCAAGGCAGGUUUUAAGAAACUAAAUUAAAGAAAAAGCGCUGGAGGGGAUGUACAUGGGUGUAUAAAAUAAUAACUAAGGAGUUUUGCAACUUAAUUGUACAGGAAGAGUGCACACCCAAAUGAAGAAGUUGCAACUUGUCAUUCAGGAAUCAAAGAGCUAUUUGUCUCUUGUAUUUUUUUCAUCCCCUGUGAAAGUUUAAGCCCCAGCAUUAAAAUCAUAUCGGCUCAUGCUGGCAUUUGGCUCAUUGUGUCACUGUCAGCUAAACAUACGUUUGCUGUUCUAUGAAAACACUGGCUUAGACGUCAGAUCCUAUUCAACGCUUCUGUACUGAAGUAUUAUAGACAGACCGGUUAGCAGUGCUCUGUGUAGGAUGGCUGCUGAGUCUUCCCUCAUAGAUCUACGGGACAUAGAAAUUAAGCUGGGGCGCAAAGUACCUGAGAGUUUAGCAAAAUCCCUGAAAGAGGAGCAUUGUGACUGGAUGAAGGAUGCCAGAGAUGGCCACGCUAAAUACAGAGAAACACCAGACAGCCUUUCCCAGUCCAACUCACUGGAAAGACUGGAACGCAAGCUUCAGCUUCUAAAGCAGGAUAUGAUUUAUCUUCGAGCUACUGAUGUUAAGCUAAUGAGACAACUGCUAAUUAUCAAUGAGAGUAUUGAAUCUAUUAAGUGGAUGAUGGAGGAAAAGGAUGUUAUCAUGAGUCAAGGAAGCAGCCUAAGUGGCAGUCUUUGCAGCCUGCUAGAGAGCCAGGACUCAUCACUACAUGGGAGCUGCAACAGUCUACAUAUCUACAGUGAUGGAAUGGAUGACAUAUCAGUAGGAAGUUAUCUGGACACUCUAGCAGAUAUAGUUCCAGGACAUUGUACCCCAUCCGAUUUUGAUCAAUAUAGUGACACACAAGAGAACGAUAGCACUCACCAAGCCAUGUGCAAUAACUCCAACAGUGGGUCAGAUGAAUACUAUUGCUUUAGAUAAAUGAUGGCGCUACCAUAACUUAGAAUGGAUAAUCUAUGCAAUUUUUAUAUCAAUUUUACCAUUGAUAUUAAAACAGAAAAGAAGUAAAUGCAAAAGAUAUAGGCUUUAUAUUUUUUACAAUAAUACCAAGAAUAUUGUUUGUAAGUUCUGUAUCAUAUUGACGUGUUUGCUUUGAAAUAUUUAUUGUAAUAUUACAUUGGUUGAUUCAAUAACUGACUGUCUAUGGGCCAGAUUACAAGUGGCGUGCUAGAAGUAAAUAUUUACAAGUUGAAAGUGAAAUGUUUGCGUGCAAGCGAAACCCGACGCAUGCUAACUUUGGAUAUCGUGACCACGCUAACGCAUUUGCCUAGACUUCAAGGGAGUACGUUAUUAAAAAAACCUAACACUUAUCCCUCAUGUGCUAAUCCAACACCGUGUUAGACUUAGUGCUCUCAACCCAUCAUGAGUUAUUCAUAUUUCACAUUCCAAUGUUCUUCACAUAGAAGAUAAUGUUAAUUUUAUUUUUAAAUGUGUAUAUAUAUAUGUAUAUAUGAUUCAUUUAAAUCUAUACACAUAUAUAUGUUUAAAAAUACAAAGAACAUAUUCUAUUAUUUGAAAAACAUUUGAAUGUAAAAUAUUUAUAGUAAAUUACACAUUAUAUAAUAUCAAAAUUGAAUUAUAUAUAUAUAUAUAUAU